ACAGGAGACACUUUACAUAGAAAUUAAGUGCGUGGUGAAAUCAUUCAAUAGACCAUUAAAUUUAAGUUAAGUUCAGUUUUUUAUCAAGUUAUUUAAGUGACAGUUAAGUGUCGUUUUCGAUCCAUGUUCUGUGCAAAAACGACAGGAUGACGUUGAACGACGAAACAGCAACGGAUACCAUCGUUAACGGCGAUGGCCUUGACCGAGACACGGGAGGGCUGGAAAAGGACCCUAACACAAGGAAGAAAAUGGAGUUAUCGCUGCAUGAACGCGAUAGGGUCGGGGUGCAAGAUUCUGUUCUUUUAGAAGACUACACAAAUGAAUCUGUUUUUGUCGAUAAUCUUAAGAAGAGAUUUGGAGAAGACCUCAUAUAUACAUACAUCGGCCAAGUAUUGGUAUCCAUCAACCCUUACAAAGAACUAAAUAUAUACAGGGAAAAGGAUGUUUUUGAAUAUACAAAGAAAGCGUUUUUCCAAGCCUCACCUCACGUAUUUGCAGUUGCAGAUAACGCAUAUAGAUCACUGACUGAAGAACAUCGUGGACAGUGUAUUUUGAUAUCUGGUGAAAGUGGUUCUGGUAAAACAGAAGCGUCCAAAAAGGUUCUGCAAUUUGUGGCAGCAGUAGCAGGCCAUCAAAGUGGUGUCGAAGGUGUUAAAGAUAAACUUUUACAAAGUAAUCCAGUUUUAGAAGCAUUUGGUAACGCCAAAACAAACCGAAAUGACAACAGUAGCCGAUUUGGAAAAUACAUGGAUGUUCAAUUCAACCAUGCAGGAGAUCCCGAAGGUGGUAAUAUUUUGAAUUAUCUUCUGGAAAAAUCUCGAGUGGUGCAUCAAAGCAAUGGUGAAAGAAACUUUCAUAUAUUUUACCAACUUUUACGAGGAGGAGAACCUGAAUUACUACAGCAGCUUCAUUUGAAGAACAAUUUGGAUAAUUAUUAUUAUAUCACAGACGGUAACAAGGGUUGUGAUCAACGAAUCAAUGACGCUGCUCAAUUUAAGGCUGUACGAGCAGCCAUGUCAGUCAUCGAAAUUUCUGAAGAAGAACAAAUACAAAUCCUUCGUGUCGUCGCAGCAGUUUUGCAUUUAGGCAACGUUGGAUUUACUGAAAGCGAAGGAAAAGCAGAAAUCUUGAAACCUGAAGCUGUGCAAUACGCCAGCGAGUUAUUGGGAUGUUCAUGUGAGGCUUUAUCCAAAGCACUUACACACCGAACUAUCGAACCAGGCCGAGGUCUGGCUAAGGUCAGUUCUCCUUUAUCACGAGAAAUGGCAAUUCAUGCGAGAGAUGCUUUAGCAAAGGCUGUUUAUGAUAGGAUGUUCACUUGGCUUGUGUCCAGGCUGAACGCUUCUUUGCAACCGGUCAAAACCAGGAGCUAUUCGGUUAUGGGAAUAUUGGACAUUUACGGAUUUGAGAUAUUCCAGAAAAAUAGUUUUGAACAAUUCUGUAUAAACUUUUGCAAUGAAAAACUUCAACAACUCUUCAUCGAGCUGACUUUGAAAUCAGAACAAGACGAAUAUUUGCGAGAAGGCAUCGAAUGGGAAUCCGUUGACUAUUUCAAUAAUAAGGUCAUCUGUGAUUUGAUUGAAGAAAAACAUAGAGGCAUAAUAUCAUACUUGGAUGAAGAGUGCUUGAGACCCGGAGAGACCAAUGACAUGAGUUUCUUGGACAAAAUGAAUAUAAAUUUGAUGUCUCAUGAUCACUAUAUAAGCCACGUCAAAGCAGACACGAAGACUCAAAAAACUAUGAGCCGAGAUGAAUUCCGUCUGAUUCACUACGCCGGAGAUGUUACCUACAGUGUAAAUGGAUUUUUGGAAAAGAAUAGCGAUUUGCUAUUCCGUGAUUUAAGAGAAGUGAUGAGUUCUGCCUCUAAUACGAUAGCAAGUGCUUGUUUUCCUGCUGCAGAACUGCAGAGCAAACGUAGACCAGAAACAGCAGCAACGCAAUUCAGGCAAUCUUUACAUAACCUGAUGAAUAUACUGAUGACCAAAGAACCAUCUUAUAUAAGAUGUAUUAAGCCGAAUGAACUUAAACAAUCAGGAUUCUUCGAUGUAAGCUUGGUAACACAUCAGGUGAAAUAUUUGGGCCUAAUGGAGAAUCUUCGAGUACGUCGUGCUGGUUUUGCCUACAGAAGAACUUAUGAGAGCUUCCUGCAUCGCUACAAGUGUCUAAGUAAAAACACUUGGCCUAAUUACAAUGGAACAGCCAAAGAUGGUGUUGAAGUUUUAGUCAAAGAUCUUGGUUAUAACGAAGAAGACUACAGAUUGGGACGAACAAAAUUGUUCAUCCGUUCACCAAAAACACUGUUUACCACAGAAGACGCUUUCCAGGCUAAAAAGCAUUACAUUGUUUCCAUAAUCCAAAGUCGAUGGAAAGGUCUGCUUCAACGUAGAAAAUACAAUAAACAACGUGCUGCUGCAAUUUUGAUGCAACAGUGGAUUCGAAGAUUUUUGGCACAGAGAAAUGCACUAAAACGCAAGGAAGCUGUGACUGUAAUAAGAAGAUUUAUUGAAGGUUUCAUAACCAGACACGGACCUCCCACAGAAUUGAACAAAGCUUUUAUAAUAUUUUCCAAAGCUCAAUGGUUACUCAGAUUAUCAAAAUCUCUUCCUCAACGUGUAAGGGAUACAUAUUGGCCACCAUGUCCAAACAAUUGCAAAGAGGCAUCAGCUUUGCUAUACAGAUUACACAGAGGUCAAAGAGCUAGAAUUUACCGCAUGAAUUUAUCUAAAGAGAAAAAAAGACAAAUCGAAUUGAAAAUUAUGGCAGAAGAUGUAUUCAAAAAUAAAAAAGCAAGUUAUGCAUCUAGUUUUGGCCCUUGGUUCGUUGAAGAUCGAUUGAACCCAGAACAGAAAAAAUUAAUUGCACACUCUAUAGACAAUGGUGAAAGGCUAGUGUAUACGACAGAAGUAACAAAAUACGAUCGUCAUGGAUAUAAACCUAGGAAUAGGUGGCUUUUGGUAAGCGAUAAAUCUUUAUACCUUGUCGAGGUUGCUUCUAAUGGCAAAGGUAUAAAAAUGAAGCACAAACUUCAACUAGAUAAAGUUUCUUUUGUAAUAACAGCAAAUAAUGAUAAUUUGCUGAUGGUACGAAUACCUGCUGAUUUUAAAAAAGAUAAGGGAGAUUUGAUUUUGGAAGUACCCCAUUUGAUCGAAUGUCUGGUGUGGAUAUUGGACUUAGAUAAAACAAAAAGCUUUAGUAUUCUUCAAAUACUUGACAGAAAUCCAAUCAAUCACAACUUAUCAAAUGGAAAAACAGGUGUCAUAGAAGUACAGACGGGAAAUGAGCCAGGAAUUAAAAAAGCGAAAAGUGGACAUUUGGUCGUUGUUGCUGCAAAAUAAUUAUGGACUAUAUAAGUUGAAGAUUCAGAAACAAUUUCUUUUCAACAAAGCAGGUCAAAGUUGGAAUUUUUAAAUAUAAAAAUCUUGGAAGUAACAGUAUUCCAAAGAUUAAUAGUCAAAUAGAUCACGAUUGAUAGACAAA